AUGUCUUCAUCUACUGUAGACCUAACAAGCCAGCAAACACAAACCAUUCACUUUAGUUCUACAACAGAAAGAGAAUCUACAAUAUCUGCUCAGUCAGCAUUUACAACAGACGUGUCCCCUACGAGCAUAACCACACUAGAAUCAUCUACAUUUGAAAGUGUUUCAACACUGGAACCUACAUCAUCCACAACAGGAAGUGCUCCAUCUUCACCAUCUACUAUAACAGAAGGACAAAGUACAUCAGGAUUCACUUCAUCUACAACAGAAACACCUUCAUCUAGUGUAGAACAAACAAGCCAGCAGAUACAAACCACUCAAUUUAUUUCCACUACGGAAGCAGGAACCACAAGAACAACUCAAUCAACAUUUACAACAGCUGUGUCACCCAUGAGCACCACUUUACAAUCACCUACACUUGAAAGUAGUUCAACACUGGAAACUACAUUAUCCACAACUGGUACAUCUCCAUCUUCACCAUUUACUACAACAGAAAGACAAACUUCCCCUACAACCCAAACAUUUAGCAUUCCUACAUCAUCCCAAUCAAGCUCUUCAGCUGAAUCUAGUACCCAGAAAAUUUCAUCAACAUCAACAGAACCUCAUUCAUCCGCAACAACAGUCAGUUCAGUUUCAACAACUCAAAACUGUCAGGAGGAUUGUCAGUGUAAUGGAUCCCCAUGCAUCUUCAAUGUAACAUCUGGGAAAUGUCAGUGUCAAUUCUGGCAUUUGGACAAAGGGACAGUCAACAACAGAAUUCACUUCAUCAACAACAGAAAUACCUACUUCUACUGCAGACCAAACAAUUGGAAGCACGGCAGAAACUACAGUGCUGACAACAGGUACCUCUCCAUCCUCAGCAUUGACUACGACAGAAGAACAAAGCACAACAGAAGUGAUUUCAUCCACAACAGAAAUGCCUACUUCUACUGCAGAAACUACAGUGCUGACAACAGGUACUUCUCCAUCUACUACGACAGAAGGACAGAGCACAACAGAAGUGAUUUCAUCAACAACAGAAAUACCUACUUCUACUGCAGAAACUACAGUGCUGACAAACUAGGCAUCAUCCUCAGCUGGAUCAACAUUUACAACAGCUGUGUCAUCCUUCAUCCUACAAACGUGUCCCCUACGAGCAUAACCACACUAGAAUCAUCUACAUUUGAAAGUGUUUCAACACUGGAACCUACAUCAUCCACAACAGGAAGUGCUCCAUCUUCGCCAUCUACUAUAACAGAAGGACAAGGUAUAUCAGGAUUCACUUCAUCUACAACAGAAACACCUUCAUCUAGUGUAGUACAAACAAGCCAGCAGAUACAAACCACUCAAUUUAUUUCCACUACGGAAGCAGGAACCACAAGAACAACUCAAUCAACAUUUACAACAGCUGUGUCACCCAUGAGCACCACUUUACAAUCACCUACACUUGAAAGUAGUUCAACACUGGAAACUACAUUAUUCACAACUGGUACAUCUCCAUCUUCACCAUUUACUACAACAGAAAGACAAACUUCCCCUACAACCCAAACAUUUAGCAUUCCUACAUCAUCCCAAUCAAGCUCUUCAGCUGAAUCUAGUACCCAGAAAAUUUCAUCAACAUCAACAGAACCUCAUUCAUCCGCAACAACAGAUUCACACGCAGAGUUUAUGGCUUAA